CACAGUACUGCUGAAAGGUUAUUAUAAAGCUUGAUUUGUGGAUUAGGCCUAAUCUUUGCUUAAAUUAUAGACAGCACAAACCAACAUUUCAUGACAGCCACUUAUGAAAAAGUAAACAACCUUUUUUUUGUUGUUGUUUCUCAGUGAGGUACCGUAUUAACGGGGGGGGGGAAUACUAUAAGCUUCCAGAACGGAUGGCAAUAUAAUGUACGUCUUUGAUUUGUCAGUAAAAUGGGUAUAACAAAUGUUGAGUUGAAGCUUUAAAUACGGCUUGCCUUUAACUAAACUUUUAUUUAUCAUAACUCCAUUUCUUUCAUAUCGGUGUACGACAGGACACGAGUACUGUACUUCAAAAUUGUAGUGACGUAGUACAAGGUUUCCAGAGAAGCAGGACGUGGUACACGGAGCAGAGCUUGAGAGCGUCAAGAACGUUACCUGGGAAUCGAAACGUACGCGGCUGGACGGAAGCUCCUCCUUACCGGCCGACGUCAAGCGCACAUAGGAAGAGAAUGAAGUGGGUCGUGUAAAGACCUCCUGAUCACACAGUACCUCGCCGUUUUGUCGAUGUCAAGCUUGGCUAUAACGAUUGGGACUGAAUGGCAGCGUCAAACAACAAGUGGCCGCGUAAAGAUUUCGAAGAAAAUGGUUUCACCACAAACGGCGAGGACGUCCGCGAUGUGAAGGAGACUAGUACACAGACCGACGCCAAAGUGCAAGGUCAUGGACCUCGACUGUCCAAAGUUAAUCUCUUCACAUUGUUAAGCCUUUGGAUGGAACUUUUCCCCAAGAGGGAUAAAAGUCAAGACAAUGAAUCUGCUCGUCUCACUGGUCUGGUGGUGGUCUGUGAGCAGAAAGUCCUGGGCCUGCAUUGUUCUGGGCAGGAGCUGCAUGUGGGCCAGGUGGCGGUGAUCAGGCACGGGCCCAGACUAAAGAACUGCAGCCUGUACUUCUCCAGGAAGCCAUGCUCGACCUGCCUCAAGAUGCUCCUCAACACCGGCGUGAGUGAGAUCCGGUACUGGCCCGCUGAUGCCGAGGUGAGCCUGGUACCGGGCGACCAGGAAGCCACGCUGGAUGCCGCUGCCGCAGAGCAACUGAAGUCCAACGGCAGGCCUCACAUCUGCGUGCCGUUCCAGAACCUUCCCGCUCCCAUGCUCCAAUUCGCCGAGGAGACCUCGAGGCGCAGCGACUUCCUCAAGAAGAUGGCGGCAGACGACCACUCCCGGGACGUUGGCAAGCUCUUCUGCCGGGAACGCCGCAGGAACUGGGACGGCCUCGUGGCGAGGUUCCUGGUGGCAGACGCGGAGGAGCACAGGGAGCGGCUGGGGAAGAUGGGCCUGGAGAACUUCUGCACGGAGCCGUAUUUCACCGAGCUCCGGCAGCACAUGCAGGACCUGAUCAGGCUUCUGGCCUCAGUCGCCUCCAGCAUUCCCUCUCCGGAGCACGGAUACGGCUUCUACGAGACGGGAGCUGCAGCUGGCGCUCACAGAACACUACCUCAGGAGGUGGUGCGACACUGCAUCGUACAAGCAGCGCUGCUGGCCUACAGAAGAGAAGAUCCUAAAGUGGGCGUGGGUGCAGUCAUAUGGGCAGAGGGCAGACUGCCUCCUCGGUGUGACGGUACAGGUAGCAUGUACCUGGUGGGGUGUGGGUAUAAUGCCUACCCGGUCGGCUCGGUGUACGCGGAGUAUCCACAAAUGGACGACAAGCAGGCAGAAAGGCGGCACCGCAAAUACAGAUACAUCAUCCACGCCGAACAGAACGCAAUCACUUUUAGGAACGCGGAGGUGAAGGAGGAGGAGAACACGAUGUUGUUUGUGACCAAGUGUCCGUGCGACGAGUGUGUGCCCCUGAUCUGGGGUGCCGGCAUCAAACAAAUCUACACCACCGACCUUGACAACGGGAAAAAGAAACACGACAUCUCUUAUGUCACCUUCAGCAAGCUUCACGGCGUCCAGAAGUUCGUUUGGCAGAAGUCUUCUCUUGCAAGAAGUGCUCCUGAACAAGAUGUGCUACCUAUAAUGAAUGGCUGCUUGAAACACAGAAAGGGGGAAGAUUCCAAUGGUCACUGCCUGAAGAGACUCAGAACAGGAGGAACUGCUUAUGAAUCCUUAUAGCUCAGUACAGGUCUUGAGCCUUGACAACCUGAAGUCACUUUAGGAGAACUGAGCUCCCUCCAGAGUACCUCAUCGUAUUUAUACAGUUUGAUCGUUAUAUAAGACCCAACCGUUUCACUAUGCACAGCACACUUUGUGUAAAGCAUGUUUUGGGCUUAACCUGUUUUGCCUGACGCUGUUAUCUCUGCACCCUGAGUGGUUGGAACAUUUUAGAGACAUGAACUGCAAGCUUCUUAGAACUAAACAGAAGACAAAAAAAAAACAUUGGUUUUAACUUAUAAAUUAAAAAGUCAGGCUCUGAUAUUACCCAUAACUUGCUUCAUGACUUAUUUUACCUGCCAUAUGUAUAUAAACACAAACAUAUAAUGUAAAGGGAAGAAGGCUUAGGACCAUAUUUAGUGUAAAAGUUAAGGAACAGCGCUCCGGGGAAGAUGGCUUACACUGUUACUGUAAACUCAUGUUUUCUCCAUGACUGUGGGUGUAAACUUUGCAGGUGCAGUUAACAGGACUAAAAAAAAAAAACCAAUGUUUGAAUUUUCCUUUAUUUGUUGAUAUGGUACAAUUAGCAUUUAUAAAGGAAGGUGGCGACCAAAUGUAACGGGCAACGAUUUCAGUUUGGAUAUUAGAACAGAUACCAUAAUGCUUUUGAUUUUAUUUCAAUGCAACUCCUUUGUAACACAAAGCUGUGAAGAUACUGGAAAAUUUGGCUCAGGUGCAUGCUGAGUUUAAAUGGUCGCCCCAUGGCGACCGUGAUGUUCCACGAUUCACUUUACGUCGCGCAAUACUGAACAGCUUACUUGAAUCUGAGCUAUUAAUGCGUAUUCAAACAGAGGGGAAGGCAAGGCAUGAGAAACAUGACCGCUCAUUCAGAAAAAAAUGACUGGGAUAUUUUUCCCAUUGGAUUUCAGUCCUUUUUAGUACUAACAUAAAAUCGUAUUUAAUCACAUUCAAAAUUCAGGGAAAAAAAAAAA